AUGACAUUUCAUUAUUCAAGACCCACCUCGGUAUACACUCAAAACUCAACACAAUCGUUAUCGGCUUCACGACCUCAUUCGGCAUACGCUCAGUCAUCUCAUCAACAAACACAGUCGUCGACGGCCUUGCGACCUCAUUCAGUGGUUGGAUGUGAAGGAUUUUCUUCUUUACAGCCACAAUCAUUUCGAGUAAUUCGACGCAGACAACAACGAAAAAAUUCUCGAAACAAUGUGUUAAACCCAACGCUAGAUAAUUUCUAUAACAUAUUACGCCGCACCGAAGCCGAUUUGAACGUUAAAUCUUCCGCAAAGAACUGGUUAAAUGAAUAUGAAUCUUAUAGACGUCAAGUUAUCAACGCCGAGAAAUCUUGCGUUGAGAACAUUCGACCAGUUUCAUGCUACAACGUGUCACCACCACCUCCAAAGAAAAUCGAAAAUCCACGCUUCUCUAUGCAAUUCUAG